ACCUGAUGUACAAUGUCUAGUGUUGUAUUCAUAGAGACAGGUGGCCACCGAGCCAUACAGUGUACGCCAGUAGUGGUUAGGGGGCAGAGGGUAGAAUGUGCCGACAGUUUUAAGAACAAUCUCUGACUUGGCUGAUGGGUCCUUCACCCUAGAGCCCCUGUGAGGGAUAGGUCGUCAUUGUAAGGCUGGUGAACAUGAAAACCUGGUGAGAGGUCAAGUGUUCGAGUGUCGAGUUCAUUCAUUGAUGACUAGUUUAUGACGUGUUCAUCAAUAAAUCAGUGACUUUUUCUGGGCGACUGUGUCAGUUCGCUCCUGUUUUAGUUCAAAUUAGACUGGGUUAACUUUGGACAGGAACUGUGUUUAGAUAAGUUGAGUCUGUGAAUAUAUUAUCUUAUUGUUAUGAGAGUUUGAGACUAGUUUGGGGAAUGUCUACUGUUGUGCACCCCUACACUGGGAACUGUUUAAGCUUAGCGUUAUUUGUUUAUUUAUUUUUUUUCUUAAAUUCUAUUGGACAAUAUCUUACUGGUGUUGUGUUAUGAUGUAUGAAUCAACUAUUCACAGGCUUAGUGCAACAUUCCUAGCACUAUCAAGAUUGAUAACCCUCAGUUAAUCAUGGUAAUACAAUGUGCUACUUUAACAUGCAAUUGGCCAUGGUAAUACAAUGUGCUACUAGUUAACCUGCAGUAAUACAAUGUGCUACUAGUUCACCUGCAGUUGACCAUGGUAAUAUAAUGUGCUACUAUAAAACCGUCCAUUAAGCGAAAUAAAUUAGCUGACAGUGGGGAAAAAAGGUCGUAGAUGGUUGGUGGGGGAAGGGGGCGACUAAUUGUCUCUGAACUUGGCCGUAAAUGAGUCUGAGAAACUCCAUGAAAUGUCAGCAAGCGACCACUCCUGCCCGUUGUCGUGAAAGGUCAUGAAGAUAGAUAAAUAUAUAGACGGGUUUUGUUGGGCCAGGACGAGAGCCUCUUAUUGUUAUUGUUGACUCUACUGGUGGCCAUCUCAGUCAUUCUAACAGGACCCGAGACGUGUGAUGUUUGAUGCACAGACACGUCCAUGUAGUGUCAGUAAUUAUGUACAGUGGCCCACCAGCAGGGCCAGUAUUUAUUACUAGUUUCUUCAGUGGCCCACCAGCAAGGGCUCAUAUUACUAGUGUGUACAGUGGCCAAUCAGAGGCCCGCAUUCAUUACUAGUUUGCACAGUUGCCCACCAGCAGGGGCCAGAAUUACUAGUCUACAGUGGCCCACAAACAGGCCCCUUUUACCAAUGUGUACAAUGGCCCACCAACCUUUCCCUAGCUUUAGUUACUUAGAUAAACACAUUUGUGUUUGUGUAGAAUUGAACAGGUUAACUUUCCAAUGACUUAACUUAUUGUUUGUGUCGUUGGGGAUGUGAUUUUUUCAGACCUCACCAACUCCUACUAGCUGCCAGGGUUUCUUUCAGCUAUAGGGGGGCAUUGCCCCCCCCCCCCGAGCCAAAAUAUAUCCAACAAUAAAUCAACUACUGCUNGCUAGCUGCUAACGCCCCUUGUUGGGACAAAUCAACUUCUAGAAGCCGACAAUAGGGGGACAUAAAACACGUUUUUAUGGAAUCAUUACAGUUAUGCCAACUGCGUGCGUUCUGCUUGUUAAGAGCCUGCCUUCCGUUGACCCCCACAAAACUAUCUCUCUCUCUCUGCGUGUAGUGUAACGUUGGGUAAAUGCAGCAUGUUAUAGAGACAAGUGUAACAAGGAAAUGGGGGGGGGGGGGGGGUUGAGAAAGGGGGUAGGUGUAAGUUCGAUUUUCUGGUCUUUUCAAGCAUGGCAACUGUGUGCUUGAGAUGGGCCUGGGGACGUCAUUGAUGCACUUGUUUACAUGCUAGCUUUGUUUGGUCAGUUACUGGAUCCACAAAUGCCAUUCCUUAACAAGGUCAGAUCAUACUAUGGUGGAAUGGGCAGGAUUUUUGGAGGAUAUCUGUGUACUUGUUUCUUCCUGAUAAAAAUCUCACAGUUGACUGAAUGAGUCAAAUUUGGUGUCCUAUUUAUGAGUUGACUUUUUAUGCUGUUCUUGGUAUAGGGAAUCUACAAACAGAAAAAAUAUGAAUAGUUGAUGAUAUAGAGACCAAAGUUAAGGUCACUAAAACUGACAAUCAGUCCCAUUGAGUUAGAUGGGAUUUACAGCUGUACCACAUGGGAGAUGCAACUUGUUGUUGCCACCCCAUUGAUGUGGGGAGUGAGCCAGAGUUAAUAAUUAACUGCCAUGUCAUUUGACUGUGAGAGAAUUAGCAUUCUGAGUAUUGCCACAUGAUUCCUACAGGAAAUGUAUUCCCCAAAGGCCAGCCUUGCAGGUGUGACAGGUAAGUCCUUCACCUGACACCAGCACCAGAUUAUAAUUUUGUUGUGUGUUGUUUCUGCAAGUCUUUGCUUGCAACUGUUGGUGUUUUCUUGCUUGGUUUGACUUUACAAGUCUUCCAUGAGAAGUGUGCACUGCAGACUUGUGGCAUGUCCUUGCUUGGUUUGACUUUACAAGUCUUCCAUGAGAAGUGUGCACUGCAGACUUGUGGCAUGUCGCUGACUUAGAUCACACUUAUAUGUCUGAUACAUUGUUAAACAUUGAACAUCUACUUACUUUGUUUUAUGACAAUGAGCCCUGGGGGGGGGGGGGGGGGGGAGUGUCUAAAGAAAUUUCACUUAAGGGACACCCCCCCCCCUCUUUUUCUCUCCUCCAAAAUAUAGACACACAGGUAAACUUAUGUAUGGUAUUUGUAGGUGAGAAAAGGGGAAAUGUUCAGAACCAGUCAGUUAGUGUGAUCAUCAGCACAAUUUGAAGGCUUUUAAAGUUCAAUUUUUUAAUUUAAUUCGAUUAUAUAAACACUUUUUAUAUCUGGUUGCUAUAAUACUCUGUCCACCACCACAGAUUUAUUGCUAUGAUACUCUGUCCACCACCACAGAUCUAUGCAAUUUCUACCUUAAUUUUGUUAAAUUUCCCCGCAAGCGGACUAUGGGAUUAAAUAGAUUUGACCUUCACCAUUUAAUUUUUUUUUUCUCUUUAGCUGUUGGAACAUUAAUCAAUUUCACUUUGUCUUUCCAAUAAAAACAGUUAAAAAAGAAACAUUACAAAUGUCAUCUGGUAUUAAUUUUUACCGUACACACAUUUUGUUGUAGAAAUUGUUUUUAAUGUUUAACUUUGAAAACUCUUGUGUUAUUUUUGACGCACAAAAAGAGUUUGUUUUUAUUCCAAUAUAUUGAUUUGUAUUACUGUGGGCUUGGUUGGAUUAUUUUUGAAGAUUAUCACCAUAAGAGGUCAUGGAGUUAUUUUGUUUGAUCUUGCCAGAUUGCUUCUUGUGUUGGGACAGCCAUGAGUACCAUGAAGAAACAAGGGGUCAAGACAGGUUCUGCCGUCAGCCCAGUGAAAGUUGCUCCUAAUCCAAACAGUGGUGACCAUUCCAACAUCCCUGCUGUAGUUGCGGUGACCACGCUAACGACAGGCCCCACCAUCAUCAACACGUUUGCCUCCUGUCCUUCAGAUAUUAUCACCAUGGGUAUGAAACAUUCCAAGUCUGACCACUCUGGCCUCGGGCGCAAGGAACGGAACAAGUCUCCCAUGGGCAAAAAGUACAUCAGCAAAAGUCAGGACAAUCUCACCACCGGCAACAAAAAGUCCCGGCCUUUAACCACCGUGUUGGAGUCACCACGGCCCCGAGACAAUGCUGCAUCCAUCGCCAGGGCAGAGGCCGUCAGAGCUGCCGAGAAGAACAAAGAGAAUGUUGCCCUGAAGGAGCGGGAGAAGAAUGCAGUGUUUGUUAAACCAAAGCCAGUUAAACCCACAAGUUUAACCAACAUUCGCAAGGCUUCAAGCACGCAGUCCAUAGACAAGAGCAGCCAGGGAUCGGGCAGUCAGAAAUCUACCGCUUCCAAAUCAUCCAACAAUUUAGCCAUCAAGCGGGCCCAGAGCACACAGAACAUUUCAAAAGAUAAGUUGAUGAAGAAAAGGACUUCUGCCCCAGCUGAUGUCAUGGCGUACAAUGCUGAACUACUCGCCAACUUUGAGAGGGAAAAAAAAAUCUUAGAGGUCAGAAUCUCAGAACUGACCAAAAUUGCAGAAAGCAGAAAAGGGGAGAUUGAGAAGUACAAAUAUGAAAUAAAGAGACUGAAACAGCCUACGUCUGUCACAGCUAAUGAGAAGGAAGAGUUGGAACUUUUGAGACAUGAGAACAAACAGCUUCAGGACAGGCUGACAGAGUUGGGAUUCCCGGCUGAGCAGAUCACAGAUUCUCAGAAGCUUCGUCUCAAGUUCUCCCACUCGGCCGGCAAGAGUCACAGCAGCAGCUCAGACAUUUGUCUGCCUACUAGCACCAGCUGUGACAGCUUGUCCACGGACGGCGGAGGGGCCAAAGGUGGGACGCACCGUAACACUGGGGAGGGAGGAAAGAUGAUGAUUGGAGGUGGCUCAGACCUGCGGAGGUCAAUAUCACUGUCUGCAUCAGAGCCAGGCAUGUCCAUCCCCGAUCUCUGCGGUACACCAGACCACCCGUCCAUUCUGUCCCUUGACCCGGGCAAUUGGGAUAAACAAAGUAACAAGUCUGCCAACAGUGACGGCUGUCUGAGCGAGGCAUCGGUGGCAUGUCUGACAGAGAGGAUCCUACAGAUGGAGGAGACCAACUACUCUACCACAGAAGAACUGCAGGCGACACUACAGGUAGGUGCUCUCAUACAAUCAAAGUGUUGUCCUUGGCCCUUUACCUCUUGUAAGUAAUCUGGUAUCCCUUUACCUCUUGUAAGUAGUCUGGUGUCUAAAUGAAUCUUCUCAAACUUUUCAGUGUGAUGGGUCAGCAGCAAAUAAUCCCCAUUGCCGCAAGAACCGGUUUCCCAGUUUGACAAAUGAAAUGUUUUUGUUUGGUUUUCCUUAUUUACAUUUUACCAAUGUGAGAAGCGGUGAGAAAAUCUAGAAUGUAUUACAUUUAGAAUUUAAACUGGAUUUUUGAAACAAAUCUGUCCCUUGAAUUUUUAUUUUUUUUUAAACUGGCAAGCAACCCCUGAUGUUAGCAAAGUUUUAAUAGUUAUAAAUAACAAUCUACUUAAAGAAUAUUUUUGUAUAUCCUUAGACUAAUGAAUGAAAUGAACAGGGUCAAAGCGAGUUCAUAUGAACAAUGCAGUAGACUGUCAAUGAGUCAGUCUGUGAAUUACUCGUGACAUGACAGAUGCCACCAUUCAUUGUAGGAACUAGGAGACCUACAGGAUGCUGUCAGUGAGUUGACAGUCUUUGACUAAUUUACUGAUAACAUGACAUGCCACCACUUUUUGUAGAGUUGACAGUCUGUAAGUUUGUUGAUGACAUGUCACGCCACCAUUCAUUGUAGGAACUAGGAGACCUGCAGGAUGCUGUCAAUGAGUUGACUGAAGAAAACACCAAACUGACAGAUGAGAAAGCUGUGUUGUUGGAAUCUCUGUGUGCACAGACAGACAAGCUAGAGACUACCAGGAUACAGGUAGGUCAGCUUGAACUUAGGGGCUCACUUUGGUAGGUCAGGAAUGUAUUUUCAUUUCAUAUUUCAAGAUGUUUUUAUAACAAAACCUGUGGCCUGAUGGUUUCUGCCUAAGAUGGUUCUAUAGAUUGCCCAUGGCUGAUGGUUUCAGCCUCAUAUCCAAAAGAUAUUGGGCUUGACUGAGAUGACAUCCCAAAUAAGAGGCCCCUUGGUGAAUUAGAAUUACACAUUGACAAAUUUCAACCACCAAAGCCAUUAAAAAAAAAAAAAGCUGAUAAUUUUGUUUUGUUUUAAAACUCUCUUGAGACUGUACCCAAAAAGAUGGAGCCCUUUUCACAAGCCCUGCACUUACUUUACAAAAUAAUGGAUACAAAAUAAACUGAUUACUUUACAAAUAUAAAACUUUAUGUUUUAUUGUAGAGAAUUGAAUAAACUAAUACAAUGUUUAUAACUCUAACUAAAAUCUCAACAUUUUUGAAAAUGAGAUGGCCUGAAUUGCAUAAUUCAUGCAUGCAAUUUUUUUUUUUUUUUACACUUGGUAUAAAAUCUUCUUACUUGCAGACUUUUGUUAAAUUGGCAUAUUUCAAGGUCACAUUUUUUGUUAGCAUUUAUAGGGGUGACUAGGUACAAAAAUAAAUUGAUAUAAAAUGACAGAACACCGUGAAAUAUCAAUGAAGGCCGCCAUUAAAAUGUCAAGAUGAGCAAGAAAUGCGAGAAGCAAUCUGAAUAGAUGUUAGGAAGACCAUCCAGCUAAUCUCGAAGCUUUUGUUAUGGGGCCAAUAGAUCGGCCCAGCCUUCUGAAGGGGGUUAAAAUAUUCUAUCUACACUAUCUAUGCUGUCUCAAAACAAACAAUUGUUAUUUUUUUAAAAAUCAAACAAAAAGGAAAGAAAGUCAUGUUUUAGAAUGUCUCAUAAAAAGAUUCUAAGUUAAUUUUGUAUUAUUUUUUUUUUUGUAUUGCUAAGUUUAUUAUUGAAAAGUAAUUAUACAAAAUAAUUUAAUUUUUUUUUUUUUUUUUGUGUGGUGAUUUGAGUUGAUUUUAAUUGUUAAUUUGAAAAGUGGUUUACCAAUGCAAUUAUUUUUACUGGAAUCUUAGUGAAUUUUUUUUUAAAAAGAUUUUAAAUUAAUUUUUUAUUUUUUUUUUUUUUGUAUUGCUAAGUUUAUUAUUUAAAAGUAAUUAUACAAAAUAAUUUAAUUUUUUUUUUUUUUUUUUGUGUGGUGAUUUGAGUUGAUUUUAAGUGUUAAUUUGAAAAGUGGUUUACCAAUGCAAUUAUUUCUACUGGAAUCUUAGUGAAUUUUUUUUCUGUCAGCAGAAACCUGCAUCUGUUUUAUUUCCUAAACAUUACCACAGAAAAAUCAUGUUUUUUUAAAAAAUAUGUUAGAAGAGCGGGAAACACUGGUAAAACUAAGCUCAAUACUUGUCUACAGUUAGAGCAGUUGAAAUGUCUUCUCAUAUCUGGGGAACUCCCUGAUAAGUCUGACAGAGACGGUCACUUGCUUGGUCUCCUCAAGUCUGCUCAGGAGGAGAGAGAGGAGCUGAUGAGGAAACAGAUUGAAUGGUCCAAUGCCCUGCAAUCCUUGGAGAAUGAAUGCAGGGAGGCUCAGGAGGCUGGAGAGAACCUGAGAGACAAGUACAGGUACAGGGAGUGGUAGAGUGAUGAGUGGUGGGUGGUGUUAGAGGUGGGGGGAUGAGUGGUAUGGUGGAUGGUGUUAGAGGUGGGGUGACGAGUGGUAUGGUGGAUGGUUUUAGAGGUGGUGUGGUAGAUGGUGUUAAAGGUGGUGUGAUGAGUGGUGUGUUAGAUGGUGUUGGAGGUGGUGUGGUAGAUGGUGUUGGAGGUGGUGUGGUAGAUGGUGUUAGAGGUGGGGUGAUGAGUGGUGUAGUAGAUGGUGUUGGAGGUGGUGUUGUAGAUGGUGUUAGAGGUGGGGUGAUGAGUGGUGUGGUAGAUGGUGUUAGAGGUGGUGUGGUAGAUGGUGUUAGAGGUGGGGUGAUGAGUGGUGUGGUAGAUGGUAUUGGAGGUGGUGUGGUAGAUGGUGUUAGAGGUGGUGUGGUAGAUGGUUUUAGAGGUGCGGUGAUGAGUGGUGUGGUGGAUGGUGCUAGAGGUGUGUGGUAGAUGGUGUUAGAGGUGGGGUGAUGAGUGGGUGAGGUAGGGGAUGACAUGUGUAACAGGUGGUUUUUGGUUUGAAGUAGAGAUAAUUAAAUCCCAGUAUGUGAAAUGAGAAAACUUUGAAAACAAUGAUCAUGUGAAAUAGUUAGCCUAAUGGGAAUAGUUAGUGUUUGGGUUGGGUGGUCAGGAUAUAUUGGACUACAUUACACCAAGUUAUUUGGGAAAAUUCUAUCAAAAAAGCUCCUGUGUGCCCAAUUUUAAAAAUAGACAAUUAACCCCACCUCCCCCCCCCCCCCCCCCCCCCCCCCCCCCCCCCCCCCCCCCCCCCAUGUACCCAGCUCCCUGGAAGAUGUGAACAGUUCCUUGAGAGCAGAGAGAGAUAUUCUACAGCAUCAGCUGAAUGAGAUGAAAGAAGUGAGGGCUGGUGAACACAUUGAGAUGGUUAAACUCAAGUCACUUGUGGAGAGCCAUAAAGCCAAGGUAAAGAUUGUGUCAUUUGAACAUGCUGCAUGAGUAGAUUGUGAGAUGUGGGGCAGUCAUUUUUUUGUUUGUAAACAGCUUGUCUCCCAUUGGGAUGUCACAUAAAUCAAAAACUUCUAAUUAACUUGUAUCUAAAUCUAUUUUAAAUUUUUAAGUUGUACCAUUCUUUGCUGAACAUUAUUCCCCAAAUGCGGCCACAUCACAAAUGUGUCUGUUGAACAUGAGCAAUUCACACCUCAAGGUGGACAGCCAAUUGCACAAUGACAUGUGAAAUAACAUUUGUUGGGGGGUGAGCCAUGUCUGGUAGCACUUAAGCACUAUUUUAAUCCAGACAUCCAAUACUGAUCUCCCACCUCAACUAUAUGGCAGGUUGCUGAACUGGAGACGUCUCGGGGUGGCCAGGAUAAGACAGAUAUUGAGGCUCUCCUGGACACAGCCAGACAAGACAAGGAUAGAGCCGAACAAAUGCUGGCCAACUUGACAGAAUCACUUGCCAGGGUGGAAUGUGAGGUGAUUAAACUCAAAGAAUCUCUGGUCAGCAAAGAACAAGAGCUCUUAGGUAACUUUCUGAUGGAAAUAAAACUUAAGUUGGCAUGGGUUUAGCAUUAGGUUGGCAUGGGUUUAGCAUUAGGUUGGCACUGGAUUAGCUAUUAUCUGUUGUUGUUUUUUUGUGAUCAGAGCUUAGGCAACCUUCUGAUUGAAAUUUUGUGUGGGGAUCAGCCUCACUUCUCCUUAGUUACUCAUUACCUCCCCUACCUGGGCCUCUUAACUCCCUUGUUACAAUACAAAUGAAAAAACCUAACCAUUUUUUUAAAAUGAAACUGUCAAGCUAUUUGAUAUUAUUUUUUUUAUUCUUUCAAUCCAGUCAAAUAUUUCUCUUAACUACACUGAUGUUUGUCUUGUUUCAGUGGCUCGUAAUAAUGCUAAAAGUCAGAUCUCAGAUUUACAGAUUGCUCUGAAGACAGCAGAGAAGGAAAAAGUUGAAGCAGAGAGAGAUGCUGAGGCCUUAAGGGGACACGUGGACCAGCUUGAAUUGGACUGUCUCAGGUGGGUCUAAGACAGGUGGUCGACUCAAUAGGCUUCACGAGCCACUUUGAUUUGUUUGUGUUAUAGUUUGAGUUUUAUUUCAAUCAUGGCAUCCAAUAAUGUUGUUAAUUACAAUUCUGAAAAAUUUAAAGCUAAUAUGUUUUCACAUUCAAGAAAUUACCCUGUUUAAUAUGGCGGUAAGGGUCGCUUGAAAACACUCAAGAACCUGUGUACAAGAGCUAAUGGGCUUUAUCAGGGAAGUUAACUAUAUUAUUACAGGCCCUGGCUUAUAGAGAAAAUUGGUGACAAUCUGAAAUUUCAAAAAAAUAAAAAUUGUAUUUUAAAAGUGUGUACCUGAUUUCCCAGGAAGUCUUUUGUUGACUGAAAGUCAUCAGUGAUCCCAGUGAAACCCUACAACUGAUACUAAAACAAACACCCGCUAAAACUCUAUAGAAUUGUUAUCUGUUCUUAAGGCACAUAAUGAAGUUUAGAAUAACGAAAUAAAGCUAACCUAAUGUGAUAGCUCUUUAUCUCUUCUCUCACUCAACUUUUUCAAUUCUAUGUCUUUGUAAAUUGAAUGAGGAACAAAUCAUUUUGUGAUAAAUCCGACAUCGGCCGGCCUCAGUAGUUCAAUUGGAAGGCAGCGUGCAAGGAGCCAGCUGGAUGCAAAUAAGUUACGGCUUAGGAAUAGUCAAACCAGAUUUUGGGAAUUAGUUACGGAUAGUCUUUACUUUGGAUGAAACAAAUUUGCUGGUGACAUGGAAGGUGUUUGUGUUGCAGACAUGUUGAAGACAAGAAAAACUUGACUGUCAAGCUGCAAGAAAAUCAAACUGAAUUGAGAAAAGUUAAGCAAGAGAAACAGAUCUGUGAAGCUGAACUGCAUGAGGUAAGUCUAUGUAAGUUACUGUUUGUUAGAGGUCGGUCUAUGUAAGUUAUUGUUAGAGGUCGGUCUAUGUAAGCUAUUGUUAGAGGUCAGUCUAUGUAAGUUAUUGUUAGAGGUCAGUCUAUGUAAGUUAGUGUUAGAGGUCAGUCUAUGUAAGUUAGUGUUAGAGGUCAGUCUAUGUAAGUUAGUGUUAGAGGUCAGUCUAUGUAAGUUAGUGUUAGAGGGCAGUCUAUGUUAGUUAGUGUUAGAGGUCUGUCUAUGUAAGUUAGUGUUAGAGGUCUGUCUAUGUAAGUUAGUGUUAGAGGUCAGUCUAUGUAAGUUAGUGUUAGAGGUCUGUCUAUGUAAGUUAGUGUUAGAGGUCAGUCUAUGUAAGUUAGUGUUAGAGGUCGGUCUAUGUAAGUUAGUGUUAGAGGGCAGUCUAUGUUAGUUAGUGUUAGAGGUCGGUCUAUGUAAGUUAUUGUUAGAGGUCGGUCUAUGUAAGCUAUUGUUAGAGGUCAGUCUAUGUAAGUUAUUGUUAGAGGUCAGUCUAUGUAAGUUAUUGUUAGAGGUCAGUCUAUGUAAGUUAGUGUUAGAGGUCAGUCUAUGUAAGUUAGUGUUAGAGGUCAGUCUAUGUAAGUUAGUGUUAGAGGGCAGUCUAUGUUAGUUAGUGUUAGAGGUCUGUCUAUGUAAGUUAGUGUUAGAGGUCUGUCUAUGUAAGUUAGUGUUAGAGGUCAGUCUAUGUAAGUAAUUGUUAGAGAUCUGUCUAUGUAAGUUAUUGUUAAAGGUCAGUGUAUGUAAGUUAUUGUUAGUUAGAGGUCAAUCUAUGUAAGCUAUUGUUAAAGGUAAGUAUUAGGCAAUAAUAGCAGGGUUGUAGGGAGGAGCUGGACCUCGUAGCUCUGGAUCAGGGUCUUUCGCACAUUUGAUUUGGUGCACAUGUGAUAAAACUCCAUGAAACUAUCCACCAUAGGACCCUCUUCAACACUCACUUAGUAUACUGUGAACACUGUACUGAACACUGAAAGAAAUGUGUUGCUUUAAAGAACAUGUGACAACUGCCAUCAUUAUUUGUUGAGGAAAUUUAUUGUUUUGUGUCAUUUCUAAAAAUAGAUGCAGUUUCAACUCUCAAGUCAAUCAACUUACUAAGGAUGCAGGAUUUCAAUAAUGUUAGAACUGUAUUAGAUACUUUCUUAACAGAACAUUGAAGACUGGAAAUGGUGAUCUUAGAACUGUAUUAGAUACUUUCUUAACAGAACAUUGAAGGCUGGAAAUGGUGAUCUUAUAACUGUAUUAGAUACUUUCUUAACAGAACAUUGAAGGCUGGAAAUGGUGAUCUUAGAACUGUAUUAGAUACUUUCUUAACAGAACAUUGAAGGCUGGAAAUGGUGAUCUUAGAACUGUAUAAGAUACUUUCUUAACAGAACAUUGAAGGCUGGAAAUGGUGAUCUUAGAACUGUAUUAGAUACUUUCUUAACAGAACAUUGAAGACUGGAAAUGGUGAUCUUAGAACUGUAUUAGAUACUUUCUUAACAGAACAUUGAAGACUGGAAAUGGUGAUCUUAGAACUGUAUUAGAUACUUUCUUAACAGAACAUUGAAGACUGGAAAUGGUGAUCUUAGAACUGUAUUAGAUACUUUCUUAACAGAACACUGAAGACUGGAAAUGGUGAUCUUAGAACUGUAUUAGAUACUUUCUUAACAGAACAUUGAAGGCUGGAAAUGGUGAUCUUAGAACUGUAUUAGAUACUUUCUUAACAGAACAUUGAAGGCUGGAAAUGGUGAUCUUAGAACUGUAUUAGAUACUUUCUUAACAGAACAUUGAAGGCUGGAAAUGGUGAUCUUAGAACUGUAUUAGAUACUUUCUUAACAGAACAUUGAAGGCUGGAAAUGGUGAUCGGUCUCAGUCACUGAAAAUGUUCAAUACUCUUAGGAGGUCGAGAGUCAAUCUCUUAGGACCUCGGCUAUGAUUUUUGCGGCGCGCCUCAUCUGCUGGGCGCUGCCGUAAAGGAGUUCAUUGAGGCACUCUUCAGGAUUCCUACCGUCAGCCCCAUCCCACCACUCGGACACGUGACCACCAAGUGAGCCACUGUCUAUUCUUCUUGUCCGCAUAGGCGGCAUAAUGGUUCCCUUCUGUUGUCAAGUCGAUGGAGGUAGCUGCGUGUCGCAGUGUCCAGUCCUCAUUUGGGUGAUGAGGCUUUGCUCUCCACGUCUAAGUUCUCACCAGGGGUCGCUCUUGCUCGGACGCUGCAUUUUCUGGUGGAUCUGUCGUCCUGUGGCUCCCGUGUCCACCUUCUGUGCCAUUUGUUCCCAAAAUGGUCUUUAAGCCAAGUCGUGACUCCCAGCUGAGUCAUAGGUUUGUCUGAAUGGGGCUGGGCCGCGCCUUCUUUGGCAAGGGAGUCCGCCCUGUCAGGAAGCGACACCUCUAAGUGCGAAGCGAUGAACUGUAGGAUUACCUUAGAGCCUUUCGCAUGGAUGUUGCCAACUGUCUCCAAAAUGGCUGUGACCAUUCUAGACCCCACCGAGCUCCCCCCCACGUGUUCGAGAGCUGAACGGGAGUCGGUGAAGACCACUACGUCCGGGAAAGACUUUCUUUUAGCUAGCCGUUUGUGGACCCUUUUGAGGGCUACCAGUAUCACCUCAAUUUCCGCAUCGAGGCUUGUUCUAUUGCUUCCGCUUCUGCCAGAUAGCUCCUCGGGUGGGGCUAUCUCUGCGGGAUACUGGAUAAGGACACCAUAGCCACUGCAUUUUUCCCUCGCAAAGCACGAGCCGUCUGUGAAGACUUUAACCAAACUUUCCGGGUAGGCGUUAAUCGUGUUUCUCACAGCCUCUGAUGGUUAUGGUUGAGGACUUGCUUUGUCGGCUUUAGUGGUAGUCAUGUUUAGUCGAAUGUCUGGUCAGGUUUCAGUCUUUUAUGUGGGCCCCUCAUGGGGAUCACUUUCACUUUCUCUCUGUUUCCGGAUAUUUGCACUUUUUAAACAGUUGUCUGAAAUCUUAUUGUUAGUUAGAAUGAAAAAAAAAAAAAAAACAUAUAUGACCAUUGAUUUGUUUAGAUUUUGCUCACUGUCCAAUGAUAUGAGCAGUGAAUAUAGGUGCUAUGAGCACCAUUGGAAACCUGUGAGCAUGAGAUUUUAAUGUGAAAAUAUUUCUAAUAAAUGAUUUGUAUUUUUACUAUGGUAUAUGUGCAAAGAGUUGUGACAUAAUUUAACCUUUGACUGGCUCGUCUGUGAUGGUUGAUCAGUCUCUUCUUGUGUCAUCAGCUGAGCUCCAAACACGACAUGGAAUCUGAAGAGUGGAAACAGUUCCAAAAGGACCUGCAGACCGCUGUGGUCAUUGCCAACAACUUCAGCCAGGAGACCCAGGAGAAGAUGGACCGACUCACCCUGGAGAAUAGCCAGCUCCAUGAGCAGUGUGACAGUCUGGAGACUGAGGUGAACAAACUCAGGCAGGAGAUGAGAGUCUUCAAAUCAGCUGAGGAGUCUGCUUCCAGGAAAUCAUCCAUACUCACUAAUGCUGAGUUCAAGGGCAAGGUAGACAUAUUUAUACUUACUAAUGCUGAGUUCAAUGACAAGAUAGACUUGUUUACACUUUCUAAUGCUGAGUUUAAUGACAAGGUAGACUUGUUUAUACUUACUAAUGCUGAGUUCAAUGACAAGAUAGACUUGACUAUACCUACUAAUGUUGAAUUCGAUGGCAAGAUAGACUUGUUUAUACUUACUAAUGCUGAGCAUUAUGUCCUCAUCGUUUUCAUUUGAGCACUUUCCUAUUUAGUUCACUGCCACCAUAAAAUUGAUAGGUUCCUGUGUCACAAUCACAAUGUCUUGUAAAUCAUGACAGAGGCGUAGUGGUUCAAAUAAUAGUGAUUAAUGUUUUAUUACACAUGAUCACAAUAAUAAUAUAUACGAAAUAGGUCUACAUCUCAUGCCGAACAUAUUAAUCCGAAAACACUUGGAAUGUAUCAGAUGUAUUUCGUUACUUCUUUACUUGAUAAAGUGUUAUCACACUAUAAAUCUUCAUUUAAAACAUGAAAGUUUUCUGUUGAAUCUUCUUACAUAAAUAUCGUGAAUCAACUGUCAUUAUUCAACCACCAUUUUUUGUUUCACUCCUUGCUAUCUCCUGAUUGGCCAAUUUUCUCUAACUCCCAUUACUCUGUAUAUUACAUAAGUAAUAAUUCCUGUAUUACUUAUCUCCCAUAUAUUCAUAUCUGUGACACUAAUGCUGAGUUCAAUGACAAGGUAGACUUGUUUUUACACUGAUAAAUUAUUGGCUUAUUAAGGAUGUAGGGCUAUAUUUAAAUAUCACAUUAAAAUUAUUUGGUUUGGUUAAAACUCUUUAUCUAAAAUUUAGAGAAGAAAAAAAGAUUAGCGUAAAAACAAAUAAACUUUUUAUUGAAAUUGAGAAAAUCUGUAUGUGUACUUAUAAGCUAAUUGUCAUUAAAGUAGAGUUGCCAACAGUUCCAAAAUGAAAAUAUGGGGACAGAGUUAGUAAAUACAUUGGUUUAUGGGUACACAGUUUGUAAAUACAUGGGCGUAUCAGUAUGCUGUUAGUAAUACUUGUGAACAAGCAGCAUGAAAAUAUCCACAAUGGCUGUGCAGUCAGCGAUACAGCAACUGACAGACAGCUGACCUGAACUGACCCGAGGAAUGAGAAUAAACAAACAAAUUCUCUAUUAAAAGUCAUUAUAAAUUCCCAUCAAGAAUUAUAACUUUUGUGAUAGUUUCCUCAAAGUCAGGCCAGCACAACUCAAAUUUAAUGCGGGCCAUAAUACUUUAUGAAAAACUUGUGCAGGCCGAAAGAAAACUGGACGGGGGGGAAAGCUAUUAAUAAAAUGGUAGUAAUGAAGAUUUGUUUGUUUCUUCGCUGGCCGCAAAGUCGGUGCUGGCGGGCUGCAUGUGGCCCAUGGGCCGUAUGUUGUGCAGGCCUGCCUUAGGCGAUCACAACUUGAACAUUUGAGAUUUAGAUAUUUAAUAAUAAUGCCUUGAACAUUUGAGAUUUAGAUAUUUAAUAAUAAUGCCUUGAACAUUUGAGAUUUAGAUAUUUAAUAAUAAUGCCUUGAACAUUGAGAUUUAGAUAUUUAAUAAUAAUGCCUUGAACAUUUGAGAUUUAGAUAUUUAAUAAUAAUGCCUUGAACAUUUUUAAACAGGAGCAGGAGAAUGAGUUUGACCAAUUUCAAUGGCAGAAUUUUUAACAAUUUUCAUGUUUGCUUUUUAAAAAUUUACACAGUCGUUGUUUAAACCUUUUCUUACUUUUCCAUGUCAUCACUUGUGCUAUUGUCCAGGUUCUGACGUCUAUGGAUAGGGAUUUGGCUGCCAUGAGGGAGGGGCGGUCCCACAUGGAUCAGCGCAGUCAGAGCAUCUCUGUCAAGUCUCUCAUUAGAUCUAUCGAAGAGCAGGUCAAGUCCGGGUGUUCUUCCAUUCACUCCAGCUGCUCGGAGUCUCGGCGAAGCUCAACUUCCUCUGACAUUUCGCUGACCUCACUUAAAGACCUGGUUAAGACUCCUUCGUCUCCCCUGCCCACCCCCGACAGCCCGAGGUCACCCACAAAAGACUUUGCACUGAGGUCUCUCAGUUUUCGGGGCAAAACGGCAGAGCGAUCCCCACAGCAGAGACUGACCCCGGGGACGGCCGCUGGGAGCGGGAUCCCCAGUCCAGAGGGGGGCACAAAGAGUGCCUCAAACUUGAGGGCUGAGGAUGCCUCCACAAAGACACCCCAGAUAUCCUCCAUACUUAAAGACAGGAGCACCCCAAGGAGAGGCAGUACUGUUGUGUAAGUAGAAAAUACUAUACAAACAAUAGAAUUUCUGGGACAUGACAAGUAAAAAAAACUCCCUUCAGCUGCAGACCUGGUUUUAUAUGUGUUUGUUACGUUUUGGCUGCAGACCUUUUUUUAUAUGUUUGUUACGUGCUGGCUGCAGACCUGGUUUUAAAUGUGUUUGUUACAUUUUGGCUGCAGACCUGGUUUUAAAUGUGUUUGUUAUGUGUUUGCUGCAACCUGGUUUUGUAUGUGUUUGUUAUGUGCUGGCCGCAGACCUGGUUUAAUAUGUGUUUGUUAUGUACAAAUUUUUCUUUCCCAAAAUAUUUGAUCUAGAAAAAUACUUCUAAAAACUUUAAAUGAUGUUAGAAACGUUAAGAUCAUUACAUAAAUUCUUCUUUUUAAAUUAAGGAAUUGUGAUGAGUUUUGGCAAUAACAGGUAGAAAUUAUCGUAAAACGCCUGUAAUUAUUAUCUCGAUAACAUUGGGUGAUAUUUUAUAUAUAUAUAUGCAUAAAUUAAUUUCCAUCCUUUGACUGUCUUGAAGAAACAGACACUUUUUGAAAUGUUUCAAUUUCAGAACAUGCCUUACCUUUAAAUUCUAAAUUAUUUGAAUUAUCUGAAAUCUAAAAUAUUCAAUUAAUGAAUUAAGGGUAUUUGCACUUGUAUUUUCAUAUUUACACUAAUCAAAUAUGUUCUAAAAUGUCAAAGUUAUGAAUGCAUUAACGGGGAUACAUAAUUUUUAAAAAUUCAACUAAAACAAGUAAACACACGGUCAACAUUGACUUGAUUCCACCAGAACAUGUAAACGCACGGUCAACACUGACUUGAUUCCUUGCUUGUUUCCCCAGGGAUGUUACCCCCAGUAGAGACCCAUUGGCCUCCCUGGCCAAGCUAAUGAAAGGUUCCAAACGUAACGCCUUACUGAAGUGGUGCCAGCUCAAGACCAUUCCUUACUCUGUGAGUCAUUUUAAAUGAUACGCUAUCUAACCGGAUGUUUUGGAAUACUGUUGUUCUUAUCUUAUAAAUUUAAAAUAAUUUUAGCUUUUAUUUCAAUGUAUUUUUUUUCUUAAACUCUUCUUUAAAAAAUAUUAUAUGCAACAAUUGUCUCCCUUUAGACCAACAGUUCUCAACCAGUGGGUCGCACGACCCUUACGCAUGGCCAUCGGAAAACACAUAUUUUUUUAAAGUAGCAACCUAAAUAAUUUUAUGGUUGGGGGGUCACCACAAAAUUGAGGAACUGUAUUAUAGGGCCACGGCAUCAGGAAGGUUGAGAAUCGCUGCGCUAGACAAGGGUAAAUUGUAAAAAGCUCUUAGUUUUUAAUUUCGGGGAGGGGUGGGUUAAAUGAAAAGGAGAGGUUGUUACAUGUAGGUAUAUCUAAAAUCGUCUAAAUAUAUUUAGAUUAGAGUAAAGGCUCACGCCAAUUAUGCUUUUUAGAUAAAUCAGUCAAUCAUCUAUAGUCUUGAUUACAACCAAAGAUGAACAUUUCUUUGUGACAGAAUGUUGACAUCACCAACUUCAGUAGCAGCUGGAAUGAUGGUCUAGGCUUCUGUGCCCUCCUGCACAGCUAUGUGCCUGAAAAGAUUCCAUAUUUUGAACUCACAUCAGAAGACAAAGUAAGUCCACACAAUGUGUCCCAUCAAUGGGAACGAUGGGGGAAGUCUUAAAAAUACACAGCGGUAGACCACUUUACAAACAACAUGGCCCCUGACAUGAGUCACUGAUAGAGUUAUGUACUGUCACUGCCUAUGUAACAUCAUUACCCAUGUAACAUCAUUGCCAUGUAACAUCAAAGCCAGUGUAACAUCACUACCCAUAAAACAUCAUUGCCCAUGUAACAUCAUUUCCCGUGUAUCAGAAAUUGCCUGUGCAACUUUAUCAGUGUAACAUCAUUGGCAUGUAACAUCAAUGCAAGUGUAACAUCAUUUCCCAUGUAACAUCAUCAUCAGUGUAUCAACAUUGCCUGUGUUAACAUCAUUGGACUGUUGUUUUCAUGUUAUCCAUUGUUCUCCACAGAGACAAAACUUCACCCUGGCCUUCACAGCAGGAGAGAGUGUGGGCAUCAAAGCUACACUGGUCAGUUCUAGCAUACACAUUUACAUAACACAUGGUCAAACACAUUAGAUAGCACAUGGUCGACCACAUUUACAUAGAACAUGAUCAUACAAAUUUACAUAAACAUGGUCAUACACAUUUACAUACAAAUUUACAUACAAUACUUCUUUCUAGUAAUACUAUUGGCAUCAGUAGUUUUUUUUUUUCCAAAUUAGUAUUAGCUUCAUCGUUUGUUAGAUCUUCUUGAGAUCAUUCAUCAAAAGCAUUGAUCUGUUGUUAUGGGCAUGAUUCAGUUUACACAUGGACAAUAUGUACUAUUGAAAUGAUUGAAUUAAUGUGCUGGAAACUCAAUACUUUAUUCAUAUUAUAGAUUGAAUCACUAUAUAUAAUAGGUGUUGACACAUAUACUAUAUUAUAGUUAGGUGAAAUCACUAUUUUAUAUUAUAUGUGGAAUCACUAUAUUAUAUUAUAGGUGAAAUCACAAGACUAUAUUAUUGUUAGGUGGAAUCACUAUACUAUAUUAUAGGUUGAAUUUAUGCUGACAUCAAAAAUUGCUUCUGCUAUAUGCUUUGUUAAUGUACCAAGCUUAAAUAAAUGAGACCUAUUGUGAGUUAUGACAUUGAUUGUCCAAUGCAAUCAUUUUGAGUUUUAAUAUUUACAGUCAAAUGCAGCCAUUGAUAAUCACCCAAAGUUUGUUGUGAAACUAAAAAUAACUCUGACCUAUUUCUUUUCCUCACAGAACAUCAACGACAUGGUUUCCAUGGAGAGGCCAGAUUGGCAAGCAGUUAUGAACUAUGUCACAUCCAUCUAUAAACACUUUGAGGUGGACAGACAAUGAAUGAUGAGAGCUACCCACCCGCCACGGGCUACAAACACACCCAGCCUCGGGGGAGGGGGGGGGGCACAUAACUGUUCCCAGGUGGACAGACUGUGACGUUAAUAAAAGCUUCCUGGUGUGGUCCCAACUGAAAUGUGUCCUGUUGACACUCCUGUGGAGACUGAUAUCCCUGUUGACAUUUGUUUAUUUUUCCAGUCAGAGCCAUUUUGUUAUGCAUUUCCUUGAGGCAAACAUUUGAAAGUCUGAAGUCAUUGAGAGUUUUAUUAAUUUAAUUCUGUUUGUGUUGUUGGAUUUAUACCUUUUCAAGUUAGUUUGAUUCAUUGUUAUAAUAAUCUUAAGUCUCUUUUUCACAUCAUUUAGUGACUUUUAAAUUAAUUGGACAAAUGACUUGGAAUGUUGCAAUUCUCAUUUCAAAUUUAGCCCUCUUUUUUUCCCCCUAUCCUUUACUGUCAUCUAUUGAAAUACAGAAAAAGGAUAACAAAGUAAAGGAAAUAUUGUCUUGUAUGAAUAGAAUCAACUUUUGUAAUGUAAGAAAAAGUUUUUUUUCUCCAUGUUUUGGUGUUUAAAUAUUAACUGUCAUCUUGUAUCUAAGCUACCAACUUUGCCUAUCUCCAAGUGACUUGUCCAUUUAUACACUUACCACAACUACAGACUGACUUGCUUUUCCAUUCAUAACAUGCAACAAUUGGUUGUAAGGAGGUCUAGCCUUAGGUUUAGUUAUUGUUGUUUCUCUAUUAAUAUUUGACAUGAGUUUGUUUUGCAAUAUUUAUAGUUUGUAUUCAUUCUAUCUAGUCUUUUGAACAUUUUUAUUUAACUUAUAGAAACCAUGUUGAUUUAGACAAGAAUUGUAGAAACUAUAUCCAUUUAGACAAUUCUAAUAGACAACCAUGUCCAUUUAGAAAAUUCUAAUAGACAACCAUGUCCAUUUAGACAAGACUUGUAGAAACCAUGUCCAUUUAGACAAGACUUUCCAUAUUUAACUCUUUUGCUGAGGAAUUUAUUUAAAAGAGCGAAAAAGAGUGAGGUUAUUUAAAAAAUAUUUAAAACAUUAUCUUUUGGUUUAUAAGGCUAAAUUUGGAUUCAAAUGAAAGAUAAUUGAAUGGACUAUAAGUUAACUUAUUUCUUCAGUUAAAUAAAAAUAAGUAUCUAACAAAAAAGAAACUUGAAAACAUGUGAAAACAUAAUAUGCUAAACAAUUCUUUUCCCCCAAACCCUUUGAUAUAACUCAAAUCAUCUAAAUCUAGUACUAUGGAAUAAUAAUGCAAUGGAUAUUAAUCAACUUAACUAUCAAUAGAAAUAGUAUAAAACAUUCAGCUUUUUGAGCUGUUAAUUGUCUAGGAAACUUACUCACCCCAUAGCCAUAGCAACAGUAUUGAUAAAGAAGAAAAAACAGCAAAGAAUAUUAAUAAAAUAAUGACAAAAAAUAAACCUUGCUUUCACUCAUAAACAAUGAAUUACCACUCUUCUAUGUAAAAUUUUAAUUAAAAAAUCACCCUUAAAAGGUUUAACCGAGAAAUAGCAAAGAAACAACCAUGAUAUUGCAACAAGACACAGUGCGUUGGCCCAUGCUUUUUAGCAUGGCAGAUGAAUGUACCGUGCGUUGCACAGCAGCGAAAGAGUUUAAUCUAUAUCUAAUUUACAAUGCAUAUAUCAUUUCAAUAGGCUUUUAAAUUAUUUACAUUGAAUUCUACAGCAACACCAAAUAUAUGCUGGCAUGUUUUUUGCCAAGCUUUUCAAGUCAUAAUUUCCCACACAAUCCAGAAUCUGCUCAUGUCUGAAAUGAACAUCAUUUAAUACAGGGGAGUAAAUCAGUGAAGCACUGGUAACCUUAGGCUAGACAACUUUAUAUUAAUGGGCAAAAUUAUCUCUUUUUUUUUUCAAUACUGCAUUUUGUGUCAGUAUUCAUUUACGGCAUUUAAAACUGGGAAAAGACAUAAUUCUUUACUUUUCCAUUUUUCUAUAAACUCGGAGUCAAUCUCACUCUUUCCGAGUGUUGGUGAAUCUCUCUACACGUACACAUCAGUUGUAUUUCUUUGUGAGUGAAACAUGAUUUCAACUAUCAUCUCCAUAUUUGCUUAGCUGCUAUCAUUUGAGACAAUCCUAUUCCAUUGUGUGCUGUAGAUUGGAGAGAAUGCUGACCUACAUGCUACCUACAUAGUGUUUCUGUUCCAUGUGUGAUGUAUAAUUGAAUAACCUACAGACUGGUAGUGUUCCGUUCCAUGUGUGAUGUAUACUUGAAUGAAUUCUGACCCACAUGCUUGUAGUGUUCUGUUCCAUGUGUGAUGUAUACUUGAAUGAAUUCUGACCCACAUGCUUGUAGUGUUCUGUUCCA